UUAUGCAACUGUACUUUGGUCAGAAACUCAUGUUUGUGGCUGUGGAACUGUGAGUGUGGAAUUUAUUCUGAAGCUACCACCGUGUCUUUAAGCUGCUUUUUAAAACUAUAAUAAGUGCGCCAUGAAGAGGAGGAUCGUCAAACAUAGUGACUCAACGUCUUCCGGGGUAGAAGCAGCUCAGAGGAGGAGAGUUCAGCAGCAGGAGAAAGGAUCAGCGUCCAGAUGGUGGCUGAAAAGAGGCUUAUGGGCCCUGAUUGUUGCCUUCAUUUUUGUUCCAUUCUCCCUGCGUGUUCUCCCAGAGUUCAUUCAGCAUUUUGCUCACACUUACAGAGUCCGGCUGCCGUUCUUUCUUGACCUCAGCCGACCUGCUGAGCUCUCCCUUAAUCACACCAUCAACAUGUACUUAACAUCAGAGGAAGGAAUCUCCCUCGGCGUAUGGCACACAAUCCCUGAAAGUCAGUGGAAGGAGGCACAAGGCAAGGACUUGGCAUGGUACCAGAGCACUUUAAGCAAUGGAAGGCCAGUUUUCAUAUAUCUUCAUGGGAACACAGGCACUAGGGCAGCCCCUCAUCGAGUGGGAGUGGCAAAAGUAUUGAGUGCUCUUGGUCAUCAUGUGCUGGUACCAGACUACAGAGGGUUUGGAGAUUCCACUGGGGAGCCGACGGAGGCAGGUUUGAACACUGAUGCCCUCUAUGUGUUCAACUGGGUCAAAUCACGCUGUGGCAACUGCCAGGUGGUCAUCUGGGGACACUCACUGGGAACUGGUGUGGCCACCAACAUUGCAGUAAAACUAAUUGAGCAAGGUGUAGUUCUCGAUGGUGUGAUCUUGGAGGGGGCGUUUAAUGCUGCUCCUCAGCAUGAGAUAGAACAUCCAUUUUCAUGGUAUUACUGGAAAUUUCCAGGCAUUGGAUAUUUGUUCCCAUUGCCAUGGGCAGACAACAAGCUUGCCUUUACCAGUGAAGAAAAUUUAAAAAACAUAAGAAGCCCGAUACUUUUCCUUCACUCAGAGGAUGAUCACAUAGUGCCUAUUCAGAGCCCUCAAAAGAUGUACGAGGUUGCGGUGAGCACGCAGAAUAAGGAGCGAGUCAAGAUGGUGACAUUUGAUGGUUCUCUGGGAUAUUUGCACAACGGACUGUAUAGAGACCCCCAACUGCCUGAUAUCAUAAAGAAUUUUGUGCAGUUACUCCAGCAUCUGAGUAAAGACUGAAGCUGUAAUCAAAGUUGAUCCUUAUGGAAUAUAGCACUUUAAAUUGUCGGCAAUGUAUUAUUUAAUAAUUAAUUGUCAGAAAUGUAUUAUAUAAUAAUACAUUGUCAGAAAUUGCUUAUAAUGAUUCCAUAAAUAAUACAUCUGGCUUUUGUUAAUUGUUCUCACUCAGACCCACAGCUAAUAAAGGCCAUGUCAGUGAAGUU